AGCUGAUGGUUGUGACGUGUCACGUGACCGACAGUCCCGAACAGCUGUAAUGUUUACAAAAUGUCUCGUGUUUGUGGUUGCAUUGGAUGCUUUCUUGUGAGUAACUGCAUGCUGUCUAAAAAGUAGACGUCGCCCUGGGGACGAGAUGGUGGAGAGCUCUUUCGCCUCCGCCCUCGAGGUGGCUCUCCUGCCAAGCAAGCAGCACUGGCGGGAGGUGGGCGAUGUCCGCAAGGCUCAGCUCGCACCCGGUGACGGCGUUUUGCUCGGCUGCCUGAAGCUCGACGGGACGCUGGUGUUAUGGGACCCGGCCGACGAGGAGGCAGCUCGGGUGAAGCUGGACGGAAGCUACCAGGACUUUACCUGGGAGGAGGCUGUGAAUGGUUGCCCCAGAGAAGGCAGAGCCACGCGCCUGCUGGCCGUGGGCUCCAGCUGCGAGGUGAGGAUGUUGGAGGUGGAUGCUGAGAAGGGAACUGCGCUCUCUGUGCGCCUCAUUGGCGAGUGUCCUGCACAGUGCCUCCUGCAGGAGCAGCAUGCGUACUCAGGUGGGCGUAGCCCGCAGGUGGCACAUGUGCUGUCGUUCACAUCGGGUCACUGCCAAAUGCUAUUGGAUGGCGUCUGGCUGCUGCGGCUGGAGUGGUCGCCUGCGCAGGAAGCAGCACGGGCUCUGAGCUGCACCCGCCUCGGCCCGGCGGACGGCGGCGCUUCGGCUGCGGUCCAGUGCUGCGUGCGUCAAGAUGUCGCCUUCACCUUCAGCGAGAGCGGGCUGAUCUCCAUGUACGAUGUGACCAAUGGCGUCCUCUUGGCCUCCGUGGACGUUCCCGCCUUUGUGAGCGCCGGUCUGACAGAUGAGACACAGCCGGCUGCUUUGUGGUCACGAUUGCGUCUCCUGGAGGUGUCGGCCGACAUGAGCACGGCCGUCAUCGUCACGCACAACAACGCCGCCGCCGCUAUCGACCUCGACGACUACUUCAGGAGGAACCCUGAUCACCUGCUGUGUCAGGCCAAGCCCACCGGCCCACCCCUGCGACCUCAACGACCGAUCGAUGAGGACAAAGUGACAAGUGCCAGCUGCAGCCUGGCCGCGCUGGGACUCGACUUCAAUGCCGACAGGUCUUGGAGCUUUCGUCUGGCAUCCAUGUACAACGCAGCCCAGGAGUCUUCCAUGUCAUCAUCGUUCCGACCGCUCGCCACCUCCUGGUCUUUGUCACUCCCCCGCCACGGGUCCAGCCAAGCCGCUCCCCCGGCGCGCAGCAAGGUCCCUCUAGGGGGCGCCAACAUCACCUUCGCCGUGCCGGAGUCGUCCGUCCCAUCUCUGCUGUCCGUCUGUGACCUCUCUGCUAUGUUGGUGUUUGCGUGUCCCGGAAACACGCAGACUACCGCUGUCCUGUGGGAUUUUGUAACUGGGAAUGUGAGCUACCACCAGGUGGAAGGCCCGGCAGCGACAGUGGAAUUUUGUGGAAAGAAACAUCACGCGGUGCUUCUCAAGAAGUCGGGAAUGUUCCAGGUUUUGUUCUCGAUGUCACAACAGGAACUCCUGAGUAGUUUGAUGAUGUUUGGCAGUGCGGCAACCGUGGACGCGCUUUGUCACCUCAACACAUGGGAGCGCUGUUCCAUCCCCAUCCACUCCCUGAAGGCAGGAGUUAAGAACCGGCAACUGGAUACGGUGGAUUUCUACCUGAAGAGCAAAGAAGACAUUCUGAAGACGCACAGCACAACCAGCUUCACACAACGCGUCAAGACUUUGUGUCCCGCCUUGGACCUGCUGUGCGCUGCCAUCCGGGAAUCGAGCAACGACGCUCAGAGCCGUCAGUUCUCGGAACAGCUUCUCAACAUCACGCUGAGCUUCGUCAACACGCAGAUACGCUACAUGCUAAUGCACAUGAGCUACGAGGAUGAAGACGUGCGCUGCUGCGUGGACAUUCUGAACGAAUACCUGACGGGGCUCAGAACUUUCAUGAAGAAAUAUCCGUGGCCUGCAGAGGGCACCAAAGACCACAAAGAACAAGCACCUGUGGUGGACGAGGAAGACGAGUGGGAUGGACUUCCCACAGAGGAAGUAGUCCGUGUGUCCAUCCUGACCAAUCAGAUCCCCAGAGCCCAGGCGGUGUUUAGGCGGCGGGGUCUUCCAGAGGGGCGUCUUCCGGCCCUGAGGGCAACAGGCUUGCGUCUGGUCUUUUCCUGUCUGGAGGGACGAGACCUGCCGACCGCCAUCGCUCUCCUCACCAACAUGGGUUUCAAUGUGAAGAAGGAACUGCAUCGCAUCUGCAUCUACACACACGACAGGGACCUCAGGGACUUUGUGGGGGAGGAGCUACGCAGACGGCAUCAUUUUUCCGAGGAGGAGCUACGCAGCUUGGCGUUCAUGAAAGAAGUGGCACAACUGGCGUCCCUCCCGCCUCGCCAGUAUGCAGACAGCACCUCGGAUAGCAGGCUGCUACAGCUGCUUCUGCACGAGGAGGCACUAGCAAGUGGAGAUCUCCUGAAGAUAGCCCUGGGUCAGGAAAUGUGUGAGCAGGAAGAGGCGGGGCUUUGGCAGGAAGUGAGGCUGGAUUGGGUGAAGAACUGGGAGCAGAGCAGCAGGACAGCCAUCUUGUUGUCCAGACAUCAGCGUGACGAGUUGAGCUGGUGUGACAGUGCAGUGCUGUGGAGUCACAUGACCUCAUUCCACAACCACGUUGCCUUGGAGGCUUGGGUGGAGAGCAUUGAAGCUUCUGAUGCCACCCAGUGGCCAAAGUUGACAGCAGAAGUGGUCAACGGCAACACGCGGAGCAGCCGCUUCCUCAGGGAGAAAAUCCUGGACAUGCUCGCCAGGCAGGGCAUAUUCAUCCCCGACGAGCUAUCCGACUUGGAUCAACUUUUGUGGCGUGUGGCUCAAUGUAGCUGUCUAAUGUCGUCGUCGCCACUGCCCAUCCCUCGGCAUCUCGGUUUGGACAUCCACUCACGGGUCAUCAAUUGGUGUCUGGAGCGGCAACUGCAAUUCCUCCUCUACGCCUACCUAGAGCACUACAGGUUGACUCCCAGGAACUGUCCUGUGCUGUCGAAUGGAGGCCCGACUCACUCACAGCCCUGGUCAGAUAUGAUGGUUAAAAUGCAGGAAGUCACCAGUAACAUAACAGACCCAACAUUGGUCCACCAGGCCAGUCUGACGUGCGCUCAGCUUCUCUUACCAGGAAGUCCCCCAUCCCUCGGCUCCCUUCUCCUGGAGGGUCACAGUCUCCUCGCCCUUGCCACUAUCAUGUUCGCCCCCGGGGGCAUCGACCAGGUGGUGGCCCAGCGUGAAAGUCAGUCCCGGGCGGAGUUCUCCGUGGACCCACAGCUGAUGAAGAUGGCACUGACGGCGUAUCCCAAACUGAAGGCGGCGCUGUUCCCGGCAGGAGCGCGAGGGCCCGGCCCCUUCACGGAUGUAUCUGUGUACCACCUUCUGCAGGCGCUGCAUCCUCUCGACCCAUGCCGACUGUUCGGCUGGCAGACGGGAAACUCACUAAACUCUGCCGAAACAACAGAGCUGCCUCACUUCUCCAGCCCGCAUCUGGUGGACUCCUUCGCCCUGGUAGAGCGGCUGGACUUCCUGUAUUAUCUACAAAAUGGCCGACCGUCCUUCGCCUUUGCCACCUUCCUGCUGCAGCAGAUGAUUGGCUGCCAAGACGUCGGCCAAACUUUGCAGCAGGCCCAGCAGCAGGUACACAUUUUGGCGGUGCAGAGUUUCAAUUUGCUGCCGGUGGUGUCGGCGGCAGUUUGUUUCUGCGAGCUUCUUGGCCUCAGUAGCCUUCAAAUCAGGGUUGACGUUAAGGUCCUCAACAUCAUCUGGACCCACUGGAAACUCAACCACACGCGCUGUGGACACACACAGACUCUGCACACUCUGGUGUCUAAAGGCGUCAAGAUGGUGGAGGCGGAGCCAGGAGCAGCAGAGGAGCUGAUUGACUUCCUGGAAGCUGCAGUGAUUCAUAGCCUGGAAGCCAAAAAUGUCAACAGGAGUUCGUGGGAGGCUGCUCAGGAUUGGUCUUUGCCGGUGGAGUUUUGUCGUCUUCAUGGUCUUCCUCUCAGCUGGGUUUAUCCUGCCCACUGUGCGCGUGACGGGCAUUUCCUCAACUUCCUGUUGUUCGUACAAUUACAUCACUUCACUUCACAGCAGGUGGGCUCCCUGCUCUUCCACUUUAGCCCCGCCCUCCAGGACCACCUUCAUAUGGCGUUUGGUGAGCUGCAGUUGUUCACUGGAGGGUCUUCGGUGGGCCCUCCGACCCCCCAAGACCUCUUCCGGGUAUUGUUGCGGAGCCAGGAGGAGGCGCAGCCGAGCAGGUACCUGCUGCAGGAGGCAUUGAAGCAUCGCUGCCCCUCAUUGGCCGUGUUCGCUGCCUGUCAACAGGAGGCGGAGCUUGUGUCCUGUCUGUGCGUGUGGCUUCUCACCGUCAUCGAUGACAUCACCGCCCAGAAAGUCGCCGCCAGUCUGUCUGCCUCCCCCCAGCCACAGCCAUGGACCCUGCACCACUUGUCAAUCAUCUGGAGGACCUUCCUGGGCCGGGGCUUGCUUGGACCCCAAACCCUUUUGCGGGGAUUUCAGCUCUUCAUGAGGGACUGCCCCCUAUUGGACGUGCUCAGCAUGUUCCUGCUCUGCUCCGACCACAAGAACUUCAACAAAGCCAAAAUCAAACUCCAAAACUUCCACACCAGCAUCACCAAUCUGAGCAUCAGCGGCGAGACGCCGCCCGGUGGUGUGCCGCUGCAGUGGUUGUGUAGUGAGGCAUGGUUUUUGCUCUUGCUCUUGUGUCAGCGUACGUGCUCACACUUUGAGCUGCGGCGCCUCCUGCAGGUCUUGGCGGACGGCGACAUGAUGAGCAAGGACAGCGGUCCAGAUUUCAGGAAGCUGAGUCAGCUGAGUGAACUCCUGCAGGGUUCAGGAGUGUGCGUGUCUCCCAAGUUGUUGCAGUGUAAUUCGUCUUCUGUCCAGCAGGAGGAGUUUCAGGCCAUCGUAGAUGCUCUGCAGGCAGGCGGUUACUACGCUAAAGCACGAAGCGUAGCUACGCUGGCACAACUUCCCGUGCAACGGCUGCUCAUGUGUCAGCUGAGCCAUGAGUUGGAGCUUCAGCGUUCCAAGCGUCAGUGGUCCCGGCUGGAGACUCGUGUCUGCUUUUGGAGGAAGUGUCACCAGCACCUUGAGGACGAGCGCGUGGAUCCCGACUCGGCUUCCCGCUUCUUCCUGUCUCAGGCAGACUCCGCGCCGUCCGAUUCGUCGGCGGGCUCCGAGUUUCAGUCAGAGCUGCUGGCGCUAAGAGAAGGCUGCCUGCUGCUGGCCGUCGCCGCCCACUGGUUAUCGUUGCGCCACCCGGCUCCCGUGGAGCAGAUAGAAAGCCUGGAGAAGAAGCUGUGGAUGGGUCGUAUCCGACAGCAUUCCCUGGUGGCUGCCAUCCAGAGAGAGAGCGUCUUCAACCUCCUUCAGCCAGACGUCAACACGUACGACGUCCUUAUGAAGGACUUCUCAUUCUGCAACAUUCCCGAGCUGCGCACGGACACGCUCCUCAGCCUAGAAGGACUUCCCGGUCCAGCCGAGGAGCAUCUGGAAGUGGAUCCGCUCCUUGAGCCGACGGAGAAGAAAACUCUAGCGCUGCUGCUGGAUGCCGCCUUGGACGCAGGAAGCAUCUACGAAGUCAGCCGCACCUGUCGAUACUUCUCGCUCUAUCAUCCUGAUCUUUGGCUGUUGCUGCGUUGCCGAGGCCUGGCCUCCGGAGAACUCGCAACCCAAACGCUGGACGAGCCUGACGAGCCACCCAGGAGGCUCCUACAUGCCUCUCCGUCUGUGAGCAGCAUGUCGUCCUUCGUCCUGCUUCCUCCUCUUCCUGAAGAUGACAUUGCCGUCCAGUUGCAGAAGAUGGCUGAGCGGUGUUGCCAUGGCAACAACUACUGCAAACAAGUCCUUAGCCUUUACCAGCUCUCGAAGGAGCUGCAGUGUCCCUUCAGUCAGAUGAGCAGCGAGGAUCCCGGCUGUGUUCUCGAGAGACUACUGCUGUGCGACCAUCCCGAACGCUUCCGGAACGCUCAAAUGUUCAUCCGAGCUCAGAAUUUCUCCGCCGAUGUCGUAGCCGAGUUGGUGGCAACCACUCUGGUGCGCGCCACAAAAGCCCACGCGCACCAGAUGCAAACUGAGAGGCAGGUGAUCCGACCGUCUGAGGGUCGGGAGUCACUGAUUCAGCUGAUCACUUUGUGUGAGGAUCCUAACCUGGUGGGACUCAAAGUUCUGGAGAAGCUGGAGACCGUACCACUCAGGGAGCUCAGCUGCAUCGUGGAGUUGCUCAUUGUGGCCCAUGACUGCUUCAGCGUGAUGUGCAACAUGGAAGGAAUCGUCCGAGUGCUGCAAGCCGCCAGACACUUAAGCCACGCCUACUUGGCCCCUGGCGAGCACUACGGCCUCUUGGUGCGGGUGCUGACUGGAAUUGGCAGAUACAACGAGAUGACGUACGUGUUUGACUUGCUGCAUCAGAACCACCGCUUUGAGAUGCUGCUCAGGAAGAAAAUGGACAUGGACAGAGGACAGAGCGCAAGCCUGAAGACGGCACUGUUGGACUACAUCAAGCGCUGCCUGCCCGCCGACAGCGAGAAGCACAACAUGGUGGCGCUGUGUUUCAGCAUGAGGCGCGAGAUCGGCGAGAACCAUGAGAUGGCCGCCAGGACGCAGCUCAAGAUCAUCCAGUCUCAGGCCUGGGCAGUGUUGUCUCCGGAGCUCAAAAGUUCUCUGCUCAAAGUUUUGUCUCUGCUCAAGGAUGCUGCAGAGAGCUUCUCCAAGGACGCAUGCGUGCAUCAGGCGAGUCGCUGUGUGCGAUUGGCCAAGCUGGUUACGCUUCAGCUGCACUUCCUCAAUCAAGGCUCCGCCCUUCGCUUGGUUAACCUGCAGGCUGCUGACAUGAUGGACGCCGCCAUGGCGCUGCCCAGGUGUUACCAGGUAUUGGUGUUGUCAGAGGCAUACGGUUACAGUCCGGACUGGGCGGAGCUUGUGUACCAGAAGGCGGUCCUUAAUGGCGACUUCACUUACUUGGAUGAGUUGAAGAAACUCCGCCCACUGACCUCUGGCCUCUUUGAGGACAUUUUUAAGAAGCUGGAUAGUGCCCCCAGUGGCGUAACGGCAAACAUACGUCGCCUGCUGACGUACUGCGACGACAUUUAUCUGCGCUACCGCCUAGCAUACCGACGACAACUCGACGAUGUCACCAAGAUGCUGCUGCAGGAUGCAGCCGCCUCCAGCUACCUCAGCGAUGCCAUUGGCGCGCACUGACGCGUAAGACAGAUACCACAAGGUCAUCAUGGCGUUCUGUGACAACAUUUACAACUCAAAUUCACUGGUAUCUUAAAUCAAAAUUUCUUCACGGAAAUGGACUGAAAUGGCAUUAUGUUCAAGUUCCCCACAAAAAAAUUGUAAAGUGUUUUUAAUGAAGAAAAAUAGCAUUGUGCAUUCUUGUACUUUAUAAAGACAUACAGUAGCAACAUAAUAAAAAAAGUAAGGGAAUCAA